AUGAAGUUGGCGUUACUCAUGAUUUUCGCUACCUUGUUCAGCGUCGCUUUAAGCGAAUGGCAUUAUUCCGGCGCACGGCGUGGAUCUUCAGGUCCUCUUCGCCGCUACGGUUACAACCGCAGGGCAUUGGAGAAGCAUCGGCAACGAUUCCGAGAUGAUCCAGAGGAAUCUGAGAGAGAUGGUGGCAACUUCGAGCGCGAUCCUCGAGAUUUCGAAGAAGGCAAUUUCAGUCGCCGAGGAUGGCGCGGACGGGAAGGCUAUGGCAGAUAUGAAAGAGAAGGCGAUUUUGAUGAGAGACCACGAGGAAGAGUAAGAUCAGGCAAGCUCUUUCUUUGA